AUGGCCAUAAACCUAGCCAAAUUUCUCAUACUGUUUUUCACUAUUUCGAUCUGCAACGCCGUCACGAAUCCAAGUCCGAUUUCCGAUUCUCACCGUUCCGUUGCUUUACAACUCUUCGAUGGUUCCUCUUCAAGGUCGAUGGUUCCUCUUCCAGGAAGUGCCAAGGACUUCUUCAAUCAAAUUGAAUCAUUAGCUCUUCUGGAGAGCAAAAGGGUUCCCGUCCCAUUAGUGCUGUCACUUCCUGCAACAGUUUAUUCAUUGUCCAAAAAAGAUCAGCUCAAGGUUACAGUGAAUACAGUACUUGGUUCAGCCGCACCACCUCUUACAGUUAAGCUUGUCAGAGCUUUCCACGCUGAUGCUAAACAUUCUGUUGUUAUCGAGGGCAAGGAACUCCAGUACGAUCAAAGUAGUGGACUUCAUGUCAUGGGCUUCCCAGAUAAUGUGGAUGUGGGAACAUAUGUGUUUGUUUUUGAGACAGUGCUUCAUGAUUCAGGUAGUGAAAAUGAUUAUGCUAUUGGAGGCCAAAUUCACGUGCCGAUAUAUGUCACUGGCAUUGUUAAAGUUAGCAACGCAGAAAUUGCAGUUCUUGGCAGUGAUCUUGGAAGUGAUGAAACCCACAAAACGCUAGAUUUGGCUGGAACUGAUGUUGUUUCACUCUCAGCUAACCAUCUUCAAAAGUUGCGUUUUUCUUUUCAGUUGAUAACGCCUCAUGGCCAUACCUUUAAGCCUCGCCAGGCAUUGCUUAAGUUGAAGCAUGAGACAAAGUAUGAACACAUCUUUGUGGUCAGAAAUACCGGCAAGAAGUUCGAGAUUAUUCUCGAUUUUCUUGGCUUGGUGGACAAAUUUUAUUAUCUCUCGGGCAGAUAUGAUUUUGAGUUGACUGUUGGUGAUGCUGUCAUGGAGAACUCUUUCUUGCGGCCACUUGGUCAUUUGGAAUUAGAUCUUCCAGAAGCACCUGAGAAAGCAGCGCAUCUUCCCCCACUACCUUCCAGAAGCUCUUUUGAGAAUUGCUGUGAAGAACGCGAGGUUAAGAAGAAGAAUGGAAGUUGGAUGAGUAAAGUAGGCAGAAGCAAAGAACCUGAUUACGUUCCCCAUGUUGUGGCUCAAAUGAAGGCUUCUUAUUUGCAUUAUUAUGAUUUAACCGGCCAGAAUUGUAUGGACUCCUCUACCGUGAAAGAGUUUGUUUUAUUUUCUGUAAAGCUCGGGCAAAGUGAUGCUCAGGACGCCGACUAUCAGCCAAAAGACGAGCUUGCUGCUAUUGCCGUCAAAAUACCUAAAGCUAUCAGUUUCAUUAACAAUCAACAUCAUAGCAGUUGCCACAGUGAUAGUCAUGACAUUGUCCAUGCAACGGUUGUGCUCCCAGGCGGGAAAACCACUGUCAUCCAAACCUUAUUUUGCAGAUUAUCAAUUCGAUCUUUUUGUUCAGGGGAACAAACACGAUCCGUGCCCAGCAUUCAGCUUAACCCCUUAGAAAAUGGUAUGAGUUCUGUAGCCUUUGACUCGUCGCUCUCACUUUUGCAAGCAUUCGCCAUUUGCAUUGCAUUAGUUGAUAGCAAGAUGCCAUGUGAGCUUUCUGGAACAAGAAAGUCGCAAACCGAGGAACUAAAGGCUUUUGGUAAAUUAGAAGAUAUUCCUACAAGUUAUGUUUCUAAUCCACCAGUUUCUCCUGUUGGUAGGGUCUAA